UAGUAGAUGGCAGACACCAACCUACGACUACGAGUCUGAUUUUAUAAACAAAUAUAAACCUGAAAAUAACGAGUAUAAAGAUGUUUACUGGUAAAAAAUCUCAACAAGACAAGCCUGAAGAAACGCAAAAUGUAUCUGUUGCUACAACUACAUCUUCCGAAUUUGAUGGAUCCAAACAGACAGGACCUCAACAAAACCCAUUUUCCAGACCAUUUGGCUUCUCAAAUCCUGGGUAUUGGCCAUCUUCCUUCUCCAGCACAGCUACUCAAGGAAAUGUAAACAAAACUUCAUCUGUUCUGCUUCGUCCCUCUUCCAUGACAUUUACUUCUGCUGAAAAUCUGUCAGACCAGUCUAAACAAUCAUUGUUUACUAGCCCUCCACAAGAUACUACCUUAAAAAGUCCUGGUGACAGGAAUGUUAAACAACCAUCAAGUAUUUUAUUUGGAACUCCAUCAUCAACAAGCAGUUUUUUAAAGAAAAGUACUGCUUCACAAGAUGUUAAAAGUAAUCUAAAAUCAAGCUUUUCUUUCUCUGAUGCAAUGCAUAAAACUACCCAAAAAUCUGACACCAAGGGUUUUUCAUUUAGUACUCAUUUUCAACAGGCACAAACAGAAGGUUUUAACACUAGAAGAGAGAGUAAAAUGACUGAGGAUACUUUUGCUUAUCAGCCAAGCUCUUCUGUAUUCAAAACUCACUACAAAGAUUCAGCUCAGAAACCUUUAGAGCCUUCAGCAGAAGGAUUUUCUUUUAUCGCAGCAAAUCAAAUAAUGCAAAAUAAGAUUGAUUGUUCAGACGAAGAACAAAAGCCAGUUACAUCGAAACGUCCACAGUUAGUCCGAAGUGGACUGUUUGGUAGUGCAGUAAAAGCUGCUACGUCGCCUGUUAAACAAGUUUCUCCCAGACAAAAAGAACAUCAUCAUCAAUUAGGUAAAAUUGACUUGUUCUAG